CGACGACCCGAUUUCGUCUAAAAACACAAAACCCACCAUCGAAUCUUAGCCUCCUGAAUCUGCGCUGUUUAUAAAUACGUUCUCCCAAUCUCUGUUUCUCUGUCUAUUCUCUGUUUUCUCUCUUUGCAAAUGUUAGAGAUAAACAUACAGAGAAUUCAACACAGCCGCUGAUUUUCAACACCAAUUUUGAUUAUGGAACUCAGCUUAGAUUUGUCUUUGGACUUCUCACCCAAAACCAUUCCCGAAAUUCUUCACGAACUUACAUCUAUCUCCGAUUCCUUUACUAAACGCUCUAAGCUCGAUGAUUAUGUCAAAAGAUUGGAAGAUGAAAUGAGGAAAAUCGAUGCCUUUAAACGAGAGCUUCCUCUCUGUGUUCUUCUCUUGCAAGAUGCUAUUUUGAGAUUGAAAGAGGAGGUGUUGCAGUUUCAGUCGUUGAAGGAUCAGCCGGUGAUUGAAGAGUUCAUUCCAUUGAAGGGAAGUUCCGAUCAAACCCAUGAGGAAAGCGAAAAGAGGAAGACGAGGAAGUGGUUGAGUUCUUCUCAGUUGUGGACCACCAAUUUCAAUUUUGUUGAUGACGAAAUCUCAAACCCCAAAUCAAAUAUGAACUUGAAUGGGGAUGAAGACGAUCGGUCUGUGCCACAGACCCCAAUCGAAAACUGGGAUUGUGCAAAAAGACGAAGAGCCUUCGAAUUGUUCAAAGAUCAAAACAAUUUUGUAAAAAGAGCCACAAAAGAAGAUGUAGCGUUUUCCGAAGUCCCAAAACUUACUCUGAUGACCCCAAUCUCCGAUCCCUUUCCUGUUAGUUUAACCGUCAAGAGCGGCGGCGGCGGUGGACGGAGCGGCAGAGCCGCUGUUUCUGGGUUAUCUUCGCCGGCGGCACAAAUGAAAGGACAAGCAAAACUGUCCCAACAGCAACAGACUAUAAGGAAACAGAGACGGUGCUGGUCGCCAGAGCUCCACCGGCGUUUUGUCGACGCACUGCAUCGACUCGGCGGAUCUCAAGUGGCAACACCAAAACAGAUAAGGGAAUUGAUGCAAGUGGACGGCCUCACCAACGACGAAGUGAAAAGCCAUUUACAAAAGUACAGGCUUCACGUUCGAAAAUUGUCCCCGCCGGAAGGUUCAAACGGCGAGGGGUGGAUACCGGGAGAACACGGCGGCGAGAACCACUUAAAAACAAGCGUGACACACGCAGGAUCCCCAGAUGGGCCACUUCACGGCGGUGGGUCUGGAAAAGCUCUGUCGAUAACAGAAGGGGAAAGUAUGGAAGGGGAAGAAGAUGCGAAAUCGGACGGUCAUAGUUGGAAAGGAAGGAUUCAGAAACAUGGAGAUGUGUGAGGAAUUGGAAAGAUAAACGAAUGAAAUGGGUGUUUUUCAGUUCCGACAAGUUUUGCAGAGAAAUGGAUACAAAAUGGGGAAUCUGAAAUUUCUGAUUUUGUAGACACAAAAGAAUAAGGUAUAAUUGUAACUUACAAAGUUAUUUGUUUUUUUCUUUGUUAAUGUUUAGUAGUAAGUAAGUAAGUUAAUUAAGUAGUAUUGGAUGAUGAGGAUGUUACUUUUAAAACUGAUCUUUUUGAAGAGUAACUUUUCAAUGUUGGUGGAGAUUGGCGUAUUGGCCUCUCACCAAUGCAAUUGUAUUGUAGGAAAUAACAAGACAUUACAAUCUUCUGUCUCGAUUCCAUCUAAAGCAACGGCAACCUCGUCUAAUGAACAACAA